AAGUGCUAGCUUGGAGAAUGGAUGCAAUUGAUACAGAGGUGCUGAUUAGUGAAGUGCAAUCUACACCUAUGUUAUGGAACCCAGGAAAGGAAGACUACAAAAACCGAGGUCUGCGGAAUAAAGCAUGGGAAGAGAUCUGUAGCAGUAUCAUCCCUAUAUUUGAUGAAGCUGAUGACAAUCUAAAGAAAAAAUUAGUUGAAAAAGUUCGUUCAAGAUGGAAAUCCUCAAGGGAUUCCUACAUGAAGGCAAAGGGGAAAGCUAAAGUUCUCAAAUCUGGGUCACCACCAUGCAAGCCAAUUAAAUACGUAUAUUACGAACAGAUUCAUUUUUUGGACAAAGUACAACAAAGGUCUACCAUUUCAAACUUUGAAACUCAAGCUGUUGAAGAUGAGAAUAUCAGUGAAGUUUUUGAUGAUAAUAGGGAAAUUAACGAAGAUAAUGACAUUCAUGAUGACGCUUCAGUCGCACAAGAUGCAGCCAGAAGGGAGUUCAGCGAAUCUGUUAAGAUAACGGAGAAAAAGAAACAAAAACUAGACGAUUUGGGGGAAAACCUUUUGGCUUUAUUAAAAAGCAGCAAGGAAACAGAAGAAGACUCUGACCGGUCAUUCUUGUUAUCCCUGCUUCCACAUGUCAGAGGGUUUGACGAAGAACAAAAAUUGAUUUUCCAAAGUGGGGUACUACAAAUGAUAAUGAAAAUAAAACAAGAUUAUGCACCGACCACUCCAAUUGCUUCUCAUGCCUCAUAUCUGCAAUAUCACUCAUAUAAUCCAGGUCCAUCCCAAGUGAUUUACAACCACCCACAACAAUCUUCUCCAUCUGUAUCUGAUCCAGGUCCAUCCCAAAUGAUUUACAACCACCCACAACAAUCUUCUCCAUCUGUAUCUGAUCCAGGUCCAUCCCAAACAAAUUAUAUCAACUCACAUUCUCAGUCUGUGUCCACCUGCCAAGAAAAAUUUGCUACUUCUUGGGAAUCAGGAAGUACAGUAUAGUGUAAAAUGUGAGGUGACAAAACAGCAAGUGCACAUGCGUUCAUAAGAGAGAAUGAACAUUUUUAAAAGAUAAAACUUCUAAAUAUAAUGUGAGAAAUUGUUUGUGCAUUUGUUUAUGUGGUAAUUAAAAUAAUGUUUCAAUAAACUGACCUUUGAGGUUUUAAUUGUA